AAACGCCACUACCUGGAUGACGAUAUCGGCGAGAUGAAUACCAGUCCGUAGUGUUGACGCGUUAGACAGCAUGUUACCAGCAACAUGAACCAUCUCAUUGGAUUUAUUCUCUUUUUCAACUUGGCAGCUACAGGAUGUUACGGCUGCAAAUCUCAUGUUCGUUUGGCUGCAGCAAAAAUAGCCAAUUAUGUUUCCUCUAAAGGGCUAGAGAACUGUACAUGGUUAAUCAUAGCUAGUAGUCCGGAUCAAGUAGUCCGAAUAGACUUUGAAGACGUGAACAUCAGGGAGGAUUGUUCUUUAAGCGGAAUCUCAAUCUAUGAUGGUUCGUCAUUCAACACCAAACGACUGGGAAUAUCUUGCGAAGAUGCUCAACCAGCUUACGAAAGCACUGGUCGAUACAUGUUGCUGCACAUCAAGACCAACAACUCUGCCGGUGGCUUCAUGGCCAAAUACUACAUGUUUUCCAAGACACAAUCUUCCAGUGACGGAGUGACCAUUGUUGGUGGAAUAAUUGGUGGUUUGAUCCUGCUUUCCUUAGCAACCACCAUCGUCUGCACGUUAAAGAACCACAACGCCAUUCCGACUAUUAUGGGGAAAAAGGAGUAUCCAGUGGCAAGGCAGAAGGUAGACCCAGUACAACCGGCGUCAACCCUGCCGAAGGUUUCUUUAGUGACGCCUUCUGCAAAUUAUCUGGAACCGCUCAACUACACAGCGUUAGAGGACCCGCCUUCAGUCGAUCUCAUAACCCCAAUCAGCUUCACAACUCCACCAUCUUUACAAAUUCCUCCUCCCGUCGAUUUCAUUACGCCCGUCAACUACCCGUCAGCUCUUCAGUCCACAUGCAUCGGUAAAGCCAACCGAUGCGUCCCUGGUCAUCCAUUUGACGAAGAGGAUAACCAAGGAACGAGCUACGCAGACAACAGUCACUUCACAAGCACCAAGAGCAUCCUCAGCCCCGGCGGUUAUAUCGCUACCGAAUCCUCCUCUUUUGAAAAUUUUGAAUGACACAACGCCUCAACUUAAAACAGAUUUAAAUAGUUUUUUUGCGACACGUAGAGUAGGUCAUAUGCAGCUUUUUUUUCACUAAUAAAAUACCAAACAGUGGACUCUGCAAAAUGGAUGCCCAGAGUUCUGUAGCUACAGGGGGGGGCAAGGGGAAAAUUCUUACAACCGACUAAUUCUAUUACUGCUACCAUACACCAUUGCCCCUUUAGAUAUAUUACUUGCCCCUCUGAACAAUCAAGUCUGGCUACGGGCCUGGAUUCCGGUUUAAUAGACGAUAUGUAAACAAAUUGUAGGUAGAACGUAUUUCAAUAUUAUUUUUACCGAUGUCCGAGGUAGGACAUCUUCAGCUGUCGUUGUGGUCGUAUCUAACAUUGACUUUAUCAGAUUUAUAUAUAAAUGUUGUAUCAUGUUUACCUAGUUCGUAAUCUCACCAAUAAUUCGUCCAAGUAUCCACCGGUUUGAGAUUUUGAAACUCCCUAACUGUGAUUGUAAAUUCUGUAAAUUUUGUAUGUCUUUGUCUUACAAUAAGCGCAAUAAAAUUACAUGUAAAAUAAAGGAAUUGGCCCU